CCAAAUUCAAAUGUUGUCCGUUACAGAAAUGUCCCCAAAAUUUCCCUCCCCUCUUUUCAGACCAAACUAGGGUUUUGAGCUCACUCUUAACCAACAAGUCAAAACUUGCUGUUCUCAAAUUCCAACCCAAGCCUUUCCAAUUCGAGCAUUGAUCGAUACAAUUUCAUCUAUUUUAAACCCUACUUCAUCGCAUUCAACAUGAACCCUCCAACCACAGAAUCAAUCAACUGCCCCAAACCACCAGAGCGCUACGAACCCAUGUUGAAAGAAUCAAUCGAUCACUUCUUGGCCGAAUACCGACAAGGAUGUUCCGAUUUCUCAUCCUUUGGUUCGAUUUUCUUCCGAUUGAUCCAAUCCAUGACCGAUCCACCCCUCGAAAUCAUAUGGUUCUACUCAGCAGCGACAUUUCACAGCUCUAAAUCAGUGUUUCAUGAUGCUUCGAAGAAAGUUUCGACAGCUAAAGAUUUGUUUCAGUUGCUAGUUUCGUGUUCGUGUCCAUGUAAUGGCUUGAAAAGAGUCGCCGUGCUCGCUCCGGUUGUGUACGAGUUGUAUAACUUGGUGUCUGACUUUUCAGAGACUGAUUUGUGCUUGAAGAGCGAGAUUGAGGGUUUAAUUGAAGGAAUUGUUAGUUACAUUAGCAUAUGUUGCUCUGAUUACUCGAAGGAAAACAGAAAUGGGUCGGACGAUUUGAUGGCGUGUUUUGUAGACUUGACUAGGGUUUGGACAGUUGGUCGAAUUGGGGAGAGUUGUACAUUUGGGGAUGAUUUGAGGCUGUUCUUGCCGUUGGUUAACGACGAGGUUUCGAGAAAGGUUAAGAUGGGGUGUGGGCUCAGUUACUUAGCUGGGAUUGUUAUGAGUGAGGCUUUUCUGCUGAGGCUGUGUUUGAAGUUUGGUUUGGGGGUUUCCAGAGAGGAAUUACAGAAGGAUAUUCAAAAUUGUGUACUUCAAACUGUAUCGGGCUUUCGUAGUUGUUACUUUUCUGAUGAACUUCUCAGAAUGCUGUUGGAGCCAAGUUUGCCUGUCGCCACCCUAUUGAGUUAUGAUGAUGAAGUUCUUAUAAGGAAAGUGCUCUAUGAUGCUGUGAUAUUGGUAGAGUAUUCAUUUCUACAUUCUUGGAGAUGGACUCAGCUAUGUGGUAACCAAUUGGAAAACCUGGCUUUGACAUGGGCUUUAGUUGCAGAUAGUGCCAUACAGUUUGUUAGGGAAAAUGGUGACCAAGCCAGAGCCAUUUCUUAUAUAAAUGCCUUCUCUAAAUGUCACCUACACAAUCAGCUAAUUAAGUGGGUAAAUCAGACAGGCAUGGAGGAGAAAAUAAGUAUACCUAACAUUUCUACUCCAAAGGCUCUUAUCGAGUGGUUUUUGGUCCUCGAAGAUCAAGGGGUUAGAGUAUUUGAUCAUAGCAUCUCAAAACACCUUUCUAAAGUUGUAAUUUGCAAGUCGAGAGUGGACUAUGAGCUAUCGGAACAUAAGCUAGAUUGUAGAAACCAAAAUGAGAAUGAAGGGAGAGGGGGAGAUAUAGUUUGUGAGGAUCAAGAGAUGGUUGACUCAGUGGGUGAUGUGAUUUUUGCUGCUUCCUGGACUGUGAACUUAUCAGCAACGAAUGGGAUAAGAAAACGCAAUGAGGGGACGGGGGAUGAAGAGGAAAGAUGUGUAAAGCUUGUCAAGUAUAACCCCCAUGAAAAUUCUGUUGGAGAGAGAGUUUUGCCUUUUUCUGAGGAUGAUGAUUUGAGUAGUGGAAGUGAAGUGGAAAAUCCAAUCUCUGAUGAAGAUAUGGAAGAAAUGGGAAUAUAAGAACUAGGCGAUGCAGCAAUAUGUGGAGAGGAAACAAUAUGUUGCGGUUGUACGCACCCUGGUAAUAUGUGGGAGCGAUGUUGACAACUCAGUACAUGUUUUGAGCCGUGGAAAAUCCAGUCUCUGAUGAAGAUAUGGAAGAAAUGCGGCUGUUAGAACUAGUUAACGUGGCAAUAUGUGUAGAGGAAACAAUAUUUUGCGGUUGUAUACACCCUUUUGUAUUAGUAGAUAGUUUGAGAAGCGAUGUUCUGUGAUUGCUGCCUAGUUCCAAGACUUAGUUCUUGUCUAUGUUUUUCCUCUGUUGGGGAUAUUACUACAAGGGCAUGUUUGGUGUGGUGGAAUGAAUUGGAAUGGAAUGAGAAUGGAGGUAGGAAUGGAAUGAAAAUGGAAUGGAAUGAUUCUCAUUCUACCGUUUGAUUGUAAA